AGUAUCGCGGUGACGGAAAUCAGUAGGAUCGGCGAGAAGAGUAGGGGAUUCAACGUAUUGCUGCUUCAGUUGUAUUUUAGUGACUGUCUUCACGAAUCCGAGUGGGUUUUUUUCCACUGGUGGAACAUCAGAUAUGGCCCGUGGGCACCAAAAGUUCCAGUCCCAGCAGAAAAAUGCCAAAAAGCAGGCGGAGAUCAAGAAGAGUAAAGGCCAUGACCAGAAGGCUGCAGCUAAGGCUGCUUUAGUAUACACAUGCACUGUGUGUCGGACGCAAAUGCCUGACCCGAAGACCUUUAAACAGCACUUUGAAAGCAAACAUCCGAAGUCUCCAAUGCCCCCAGAGUUGGCUGGUGUGGAGGCGUAACGCAUUAACCUCUCUUUCUGUAAGGCAGUUGGAGCUGGCUCAUGACGGGCUUCUACAUUUUGAGGUGUUUCAGAUAAAAUAUCUUCAGUAUAGCUUCAGUUAUUGCUCAUGCUGAUUAACUGAUGUAUGGAUGUGUUUAUGUAGGGAUUUUACACAAUUUUUCCAGAUUGGAUUGAAGAUGGCUACCCUUUCUUGGCCUUGUGCCAACAAAAUGUACAUGUUCCACUUUUGAUUGUAUGCAAUAUUUGCAAAAUCUGAUCAUUUCAAAAUGUUAUUCUCACAAGACCCAUCUUGUCCAUGGUCUCUACCACCACUCCAUCUCAGGUCUCCCACUGUUUCACUGCCAGCUUUAAAUAAAAGAUGAAUUGGCACUGGCUCAAAUGAACAAAGUUGAUGAUGAUGAUCAGCAUCAUCAUGGGAAGUCAUCUGCAUCCAAACUCAGCGCAAUGUGAAAUCCAUUAUGUUUUUUUUUUUGACUGAGGCUAAUUUGUGAUGCAGAAGGGUUGAUGUCAUAAUAAUAGUUAUGCAGAACAAAAAUGGAGUUCAUUAACAUGCUCAGAAAGGCACAUUCAUAAUGACUAAUGCUGUGUCCUUUUUAUUAGAUUCAGAUUUACUUCUAAUCUGCGCUAACUUUUUUUCUUUUUUGCUUGCCUCCAUAAUUUUUUAUGUUUUUAUUGCUGUGAAAAAUGUCAGAUGCACUGUCCUGCAUGGUUGCUAAAUUGUGCAUUACAUUUACCCCUCAGAUUUUCAUUGAACAGGUUUUGUUCAUGUCCAGGAAUUUUUUGUUGUGCAAAAUCUGUAAAAGUUGACCAGAGAGGGCACUGCAAGUCUACUCACUACAAACCUUUCCACACUCCAGCUCUGCUGCUGCAUCAAACAUCUGGACAGUUACGUUUUGCCUUUGAUCCUAUUGUGAGAGGUACAUGGGCUGAAAAUGGGUUUGCACUGGGUGUUCAUUAGUGUCAACACUAAUGAACUCCUGUCAAAAGUUUGUCAUUGUAAUAAUCAUGUGGCAUAAAUGUGCACAGCUGUAGUAUUUAUUCUGCAGUGUAACUUCUCACUCCCAUCUCUGUGGCGUAUGUGAAAACAGUCCGAAGUGCAGUCUUGCACGCUGUAGUGUUAUCUCAUUAUUAUGGUGCAGUAUUUCAGCUCUGAACCUGCAUUCAAGGUCUGAACUAAAGUACGCUGUACGUUAAUUUUGGUUCCUGUUUUAUGAUUUCAUCGUAGUGUGCAAAGACAGAACUAUUUUCAAUACAUUUGGACCUGCUGGUCAUUAACCACUGAUAUUGAAUCACUGUGCUGUCUGGACUGACAACCAGCCAUGUUUUUACUUUUUGUAAUAAUCAUAUCUUUGACCACAAAAUGUAAUGU